AUGGGAGCCCGGACCUUGCGACGGCAGAUGACAGCUCCGCGCGUGACUCUGGAAGAGCUGCCCCCGGAGCUGCUGGUGCAGAUGCUGAGCUACCUGCCUCCCCGCGCGUUAGUGACGCGCUGCCGGCCCGUGUGCCGAGCCUGGCGCGACGUGGUGAAUGACUCCCGCGCUCUGGCCGGCUCCUGCCUGCGUGCACUGCUGGGCCGCAACCUCCUCUUCAACUCCCGCAGAGAGCGUGGGUCCCGGGGGCGUGGCCUAACAGCUGGAGGCGGGGCCUUCAGCCUGGUGGGCGGGGCUUAA